AUUCGGUGUGUUGCCAAGCAACGAAAGAUUCAAGGGUGAGGGAAAAUAACCGGACUAUUUCGAUUCCCUUGCAGCAUGAGCCACGAAUGUGGCAGGUCUUCAUCAGAAAAAAAUUACUUAUACAACAAUCAGUCAAAAGCAACAGAUAAAAAGUGUUGUGCCACCGCACUGACUGGGGACUCAAAAUAUUCUAACCAUGAAAGAGACAAGCGGCACAAAACAAAACGCCUUAGGACCCGCAAGGAGAGAUGUCAGAUGAGAGCUGACAGGAGAGACACCUCAAAACACAAGUCACACCACCAUCACUGUUUUUCCCAAAGCAAGAAAAAAAAUCCAUUUUACUCAAACAAUCACCACAGUUGUCAUUCAGCCACAAGGAAGAACACACAAAUUUUAAGCACUGUUUCACAGGAGCCGAGUAUCAUCACAGAAAGCCGCCUCUUAGGACAUCAUGGUCUCUUCAACCAUGAGGUGAAGUCCAUCAAUAUUGAACGUGUGCUAAGUGAGCAGAGUAAACUUGAACAAAGUGAGGAAAAAACAAAUGACAACAAUAACACCCCCUAUUUAUCAUCAACACCUCAUAAUCCCAUUGUGCUCUCCAGUUAUGGUUUGCUGGGUGCUGACACUGAUGUACCAGAUAAAAAGAAAGCAAAGACUGGUUCUAAGACCAAUGAUGACUCCCAAGAUAUUGAAAUGACAAACCUGCAGUUCAGCAAUCCAGGGGCAGAUAUCACAUCCAGUCAGAGACUUCAUCAGCAACUUCCCUCUUCUUGUGAAAGUUUGAAAAGCACCAACCAAUCUAAAAGCCGCUUCAAAACAACAAAGACCAAACACACAGAGAGUUGUAUGUCUGGAAUGGACAAAGCCUUACAUCCAAAGCCUCUUGAUACUAAAGAUAAAAUCAAGACUGUGAACAAGACAAUAAAUGAAGACCAGGACUCUUCAUCUCAAACAGAUUAUCUAGUAUCAAGUCCACUGCAUGUUACCUCAGUCUCUGCUGACAACUUUGACCAACAGAACUUACACCAAGAUCCAAACAACGUAUGGAAGACCACACAUGAAGUGGCAGAACUUUUGAGUGAAUGGCUGCAUCUUCCAGUUCCAAACAGGAGAAACUUAUCGUCAAAAACCAGGGAGGUGUUACUAAAAACCCUGCAAGAAAGACAUGGGCCCCACCUUCAGGCCAACCUCCAGGAGAUGCAGCGAUCGCUUAGAUUUCAUAAAGAUCCUUCACAGGUCUCAAAUGAGCAAGAACAGAUGAUUAGGGAUGACAUGCUUUUUCCUACAGAUGCAUCUGUGAAAACCACAGGAAGUGAACAUUUAUGCUGGACAUCCAGCCCUCAGACAUGCAACACUCUACAACAGAUUACUGAAGAGUUUGCAAACCCUGUGGACACCUUCGUCAAACCCUUGGAUGAAACCUUUAAACCUGGUUCCUUUCCCUUUCUUCAAAUGGACUUUGAGCCUUCUGGAACCUCACUUACAAUGGUCAUUUUGGAUGGAGUGUUUAACCAGUCUUCUUAUGACUAUGACAAUGACUACGAAAUUAAAGAUGAAGAUGAAGAUGUUGAUGUCCAUAAGGCAGUGUGGAUCCCAAUUCUGUUCUCCAUAUUGGUGAUCGUCGGGCUGCUGGGGAAUGGACUUCUCCUGGCAGUCCUGGCUCAGAAGAGGCGACCCUGGAGAAUAUCGGACAGCUUUAUUCUCCAGCUAGGGGUGGUGGAUAUCCUGCUGUUGCUCACCCUGCCCGUCCAUGCUGCCCAGGCCACUCAAAGCUGUGGAUGGUGCUCACAGAUUGUCCUCAUGGUCUGUGGAGCUUUUUUUAAGAUCAACCUAUAUGUGGGGGGAUUUCUUCUGGUUUGCAUCUGCCUGGAUCUCUACUUCUCCUCCACACAUACUGGCUGGUAUAGAAACCACAGAACCAGCUUGGUAAUCCUUGGCUGUCUGCUGGUGUGGCUCAUUUCUAUCAGCCUUAGUGUCCUGGAUGGGAUUUUUCUUGUCAAUACCGAGUCAUUGCCAGGAAAAGCCCUCUCUGCUCAUCCUCACCUCAAAACUAAAGUUGACUGGCAGCUAAUCUCACGUGUGCUCCACCUCGGAGUUGGCUUCUGGAUCCCGGCACUUAUCCAAAUUGUGUUCUGUUCCCACAUCAUGAUACAAUGCAAAUCCAACCGCCAGAUCAAGAUAAGAUCUGUUCUGCUUAUCCUGUCUCUGGUAGGAGCUUCCCUGCUCUGCUGGAUCCCAUACAACAUCACCCUUAUAAUAGACACCAUCUGCUACACAAAAACGUUUCUCACAAGCGUUUUUGUAGAUCCUAUUAAUUCUUUAAAAGCAGCCGUGAAAGCCACCUCAGCUGUAAGCUGCAUCAGUGCCUGCGUCAGGCCUCCUUUAUAUUUUUUGUUUUGUGGAAAUUUCCGGAAACCAGUAUUCAGCAUCCUUACAUGUGCAAAGGUGGACUGCAAGAGCUCACUGUGGGAGCUGGGUGUGGAGGCGCCACAUGACCAGUGUCACUCAGAGGAAGAGAUGAAACAGAUGACAAAAAAAACUGGUAAUGAUCGACAAAAAUACGCCGGAGUGACUCAGACAUCACCUGAAGGACGUCCUGCUCAGAAAGGGGAAGUUUUAAAGCCGUAAGACUUCUGUGGGAAUGUGGAAAGUUCAUGUAAAUUAUUUUAAGAAUAAAAGGGAAAAGACCCAAAUUGUGUAAUGUGAAAGUUUCCAAGCCUCAUCAUGGUCACAGGAAUAUUUCACAUUCUUGCUCCACAAUCUAAGCUUGCCAUUUUUACUUAAAAAGUAUUGAGAUCUUUUUAUAUUUAUAUAUAUACAUAUACAAGUAUAUAUAAUAUAUUGUUAUGGUUGUGUUUCAUAUUAAUGGAAUACAGUCAUAUGAAAAAGUUUGGGCACCCCUAUCAAUCUAAAUUAUUUUCAUUUCUAAAUAUUUGGAUGUUUGCAAUAACUAUUUCAGUUUGAUAUAACUUAUGGACACAGUAACAUUUCAAUAUUGAAAUGAGGUUUAUUGGACUAAAAGAAAAUGUGCAGUACACAUAAACACAAAAUUUGACAGGUGCAAAAAUAUGGGCACCUAAACAGAAAAGCGACAUUAAUAUUUAGUAGAUCCUCCUUUUGCAACAAUAACAGCCUCUAGUCACUUCCGGUAGCUUCUAAUGAGUUCCUGGAUCCUGGAUGAAGGUAUUUUUGACCAUUCUUUGCAAAACAAUUCCAGUUCAGUUAAGUUUGAUGGUCGCCGAGCAUGGACAGCCCGCUUCAAUUCAUCCCACAGAUGUUCAAUAAUAUUCAGGUCUGGGGAUUGGGUUGGCCGUUCCAGAACAUUAUAAUUGUUCCUCUGCAUGAAUGCCUGAGUAGAUUUGGAGCGGUGUUUUGGAUCAUUGUCUUGCUGAAAUAUUCAUCCCCGACGUAGCUUCAACUUCAUAACUGAUUCUUGAACAUUAGUCUCAAGAAUCUGUUGAUAUUGAGUGGAAUCCAUGCGACCCUCAACUUUAACAAUAUUCCCAGUACCAGCAUUGGCCACACAGCCCCAAAGUAUGAUGGAACCUCCACCAAAUUUCAAAGUGGGUAGCAAGUGUUUUUCUUGGAACGCUGUGUUUUUUUGCCGCCAUGUAUAACGUCUUUUUUAUGACCAAACAACUCAAUCUUUGUUUCAUCAGUCCACAGGACCUUAUUCCAAAAUAAGCUGGCUUGUCCAAAUGUGCUUUUGCAGACCUCAAGUGACUCCGUUUGUGGCGUGCUUGCAGAAAAGGCUUCCGUCGCAUCACUCUCCCAUACAGCUUCUCUUUGUGCAAAGUGCGCUGAAUUGUUGAACAAUGCACAGUUACACCAUCUGCAGCAAGAUGAUGCUGCAUGUCUUUGGAGGUGGUCUGUGGGUUGUCCUUCACAGUUCUCACCAUUCUUAUUCUCUGCCUCUCUGAUAUUUUUAUUGGCCUGCCACUUCUGGGUGUAACAUGUACUGUCUCUGUGGUCUUCCAUUUCCUUACUAUGUUCCUCACAGUGGAAACUGACAGUUUGAAUCUCUGAGAUAACUUUUUGUAUCCUUCCCCUAAACAACUGUGUUGAACAGUCUUUGUUUUUAGAUCAUUUGAGAGUUGUUUUGAUGUGCCCAUGAUGCCACUGUUCAUAGGAGAUCCAGACUGGAGAACAACUUGCAAUCGGCCACCUUAAAUACCUUUUCUCAUGAUUGGAUACACCUGGCUAUGAAGUUCAAAGCUUAAUGAGGUUGCCAAACCAAUAUUUUGUUUCAGUAAGUCAGUGAAAAGUAGUUUGGAGUAUUCAAAUCAAUUAAAUGAAAAGGGUACCCAAAUUUUUGCACCUGUCAAAUUUUGUUUUUAUGCAUAUUGCCCAUUUUCUAUUAGUACAAUAAACCUCAUUUCAGUACUGAAAUAUAACUGUGUGCAUCACUUAUUAGAUAUAUCAAACUGAGAUAGCUGUUGCAAACACCCAAAUAUUUAGAAAUAAAAAUAAUAAAGAUUAAUGGGGGUGCCCAAACUUUUUCAUAUGACUGUAUAUGUUAUUUUACAUGUACCAAGUACGUAGAAGUGUCACAUUACACAUUUUAACUGAUAACAGUUGCAAUCAUAAAUAUUCAACCUCUAUUGCAACACACUAUAGUAAUGUGUUUGAAGAAAACUGACAAUAAGUGUCAAAUUAUGUUUUUAUAUACGUUAGUUUGACCUUCAAAGUUCAAAUGGAAAUUGUGUUUGAUCAUGCUUCUCUGUGCUGCUCCUGCCUUGUUUAUGUUUGAACAAUUUUAAUCUUUUGUCAAAGACCACUCAAAUAUGAGGUUUGUUUCUAAAUAAGCUGUGAUUGAAUCAGAGUAGUACUUCUGGUCAAUAGCUUGCUGGAGAGUUCAAUGAUAAGAAGGUUAGAUUUUUCAACAGAUAGCAACAUGUUCCUUUUUCUAAUGGCCUGCAUGGUGUUUGUUAAAAUCCACGAGGCCAGCCACAUGAUCAAGAUUGCAAUUGGAUUUUAUGUUUUUAGGAGAAAUUCUUAUCCUUAAGGUACUUUGGGUGUUGGCUUUUUAUUUGUUUCUUUUAAUCUUUUCCAUAAUUCCAAAGCAACACAUUUAUUUUGCAUCACAGAAAAAAGUAAAUGAGGGUUGAAUGAAGAGUUUCCAGACGAUUGAUAAUGUUUUACCUCCACUUAAGACCAUAAAAACAGUCAGUCAGAUUUAAAAACAUUUGGUGAGAGUUGAGUCUUUGGCAUGGCUAUCCUAGCUAACACAGAAGUACUUAAUCAAGCUUUUUUGUGAUAAUUUUUUGUAUCAUUCAACUCAUAAAAUAGAAAUUGAAACAAAAUGUUGCUCUUUGCAACAUUUUGCAAAGAGCAAAAUGUUGCAAACCUUAAAGAUUUUAAGGUCUUGAAGAGACCUUAAAAUCUUUAUAUUUCAAAUACUUCUGAUUCCAACAUGUGUGACAAUUAGAGCCAGAUGCUAUAAGCUCUCUUUUUUUUCAGUGUCAUUUCUUCAUCAAGUGUAUAAAGUUGCAUUUUAUCCCUGUACAGUUAAAGAACUUCAGCAGUUGUAUUCAGAAGGUAUACAGUUACACCCAAUAAACUGUUUCUUUUUCUGUUUUA